CAUGCAUUCACACAUAUACCCAACAUCGGAUAGUUCUUCUCCCUGUAAUGUCCAUAUCUCAAGAAUGAAGAACAUUGGCUCUUCUUGUCUCAAGUUCUUGACCUUGAUGUCUCUCGCUCUAACAGUGUCGGCUCAGUUAACCCCCAAUUUUUAUGAUGCAACAUGCCCUAACGUACUGCAGAUAGUCAGGAGCCAAGUUAUGAAAGCUAUUAUGAAUGAGCAGAGAAUGGCAGCGUCCUUGCUUCGGCUUCACUUCCAUGACUGUUUUGUAGACGGGUGCGAUGGAUCAAUUCUGCUGGAUGGAAGCAACGGAGAGAAGUUUGCGUUGCCAAACUUGAAUUCGGUACGAGGGUUUGAGGUUGUGGACUCAAUCAAGGCUGCAGUGGAGAAUGCCUGCACUGGCGUGGUUUCCUGCGCUGAUAUUCUUGCCAUAGCAGCAAGAGACUCCGUGCUUUUCAGUGGGGGUCCGACUUGGAGGGUGCAGCUUGGUAGGAGGGAUGGGCUUGUGGCUAAUCAGAGUGGAGCCAACGCCGGCCUCCCCUCGCCAUUUGACCCCUUAGCAACAAUAAUCUCCAAAUUUGCGGCAGUAGGGCUGGACGUCACUGACGUCGUUACUUUAUCAGGAGGGCACACCAUCGGUUUAUCCAGGUGCGCAUUUUUCAGCAGAAGGCUCUUCAAUUACUCAGGCACCGGUGCACCUGACACCACCAUGGACCCUACCAUGGUCUCAGAUCUGCAAACCGUGUGCCCUCAAAACGGCGACGGCAACUCGACGGCGCCUCUCGACCGGAACUCCGAGGACCUCUUCGACAACAACUACUUCAGCAACCUCUUGUCUGGCAAGGGACUCCUCGAAUCCGACCAGAUCUUGUUCUCUAGUGCUGCUGCCGCAACCACCACCAAAACCCUGGUAGAGACUUACAGCAAGAACUCCGCCUCUUUCAUGACGGCUUUUGCCAAUUCCAUGGUCAAGAUGGGAAGCAUAAGUCCUCUUACUGGAUCCAAUGGACAAAUCAGGAAGAAUUGCAGGGUCGUCAACUCAUCUUAGUUGGCAUGCAUUGUGUUUAUCAUGAAGGGAUAAUGGUUGUAAUGAGAACAACAAAAUAGGAUGUGUAUAAAUAAAUGGUGCCAAUAAA